AUAUUCAAGUUGAGAAAAGAAGGAGAGGAAAAGAGGAUUGGAGGGUGGCCACGUUUAGCAACAACCAAACCCUCUCUGCUUUUUCUUCUUCUUCAUCAGUUUCUUCUCUAGGGUUUUAGCUUCUUCUCAUUCAACUACGCUUUUGUUUCGUCUCUGCAAUGAGCAACGACAAAGAUACCUUCAACGUCGCCGAUCUCUCCUCUGUUCUCAACGAGGAAAAUCGAGCAGACCUUGUCAAUGCUCUUAAGAGCAAGAUACAGAGUUUGGCUGGGCAGCACUCCGACAUUCUCGAGUCGUUGUCACCUAACGUCAGGAAGCGUGUUGAGGUUCUUAGAGAAAUCCAGGGUCAACAUGAUGAAUUAGAGGCUAAAUUUUUUGAGGAGAGAGCAGCUCUCGAGGCCAAAUACCAAAAAUUGUAUCAACCAUUGUACACAAAGCGGUAUGACAUAGUAAAUGGUGUUACCGAAGUGGAAGAAGCGGCAGUGAAUGAAACAACACCCGAUGGUGGGGACGAUGAAGAGAAAGGAGUGCCUGCGUUUUGGCUCACUGCAAUGAAAAACAAUGAAGUGUUAGCUGAGGAGAUUUCAGAGCGUGAUGAAGGUGCUCUCAAGUUUCUCAAAGAUAUCAAGUGGAGCAGGAUAGAAAAUCCUAAAGGAUUCAAGCUUGAGUUUUUCUUUGAUACCAAUCCUUAUUUUACCAAUACUGUCUUGACCAAAACAUAUCAUAUGAUUGAUGAGGAUGAACCAAUUUUGGAGAAAGCAAUUGGGACUGAAAUUCAAUGGCACCCAGGAAAAUGCCUGACACAGAAGAUUCUCAAGAAAAAGCCCAAGAAGGGUUCAAAGAAUGCUAAACCAAUUACCAAAACUGAAAAUUGUGAAAGUUUCUUCAAUUUCUUCAAUCCACCUCAAGUUCCUGAAGAUGAUGAAGACAUCGAUGAAGAUGCGGCUGAGGAGCUUCAGAAUCAGAUGGAACAAGACUAUGACAUUGGGUCAACAAUAAGAGACAAGAUUAUUCCCCAUGCUGUGUCAUGGUUUACUGGAGAGGCCAUCCAGGGAGAUGAAUUUGGAGAACUAGAGGAGGACGAGGAUGAUGAAGAUAUCGAAGAGGACGACGAUGAGGAAGACGAUGAAGAGGAGGACGAUGAUGAAGAUGAGGAAGAAAGCAAGACUAAAAAGAGGUCAUCAGCAUCCAAGAAGAGUGGAAGAGCACAGCUUGGUGAGGGUCAGCAGGGUGAGCGACCUCCAGAGUGCAAGCAGCAGUAGACGCAUAUUUCUGUGGAGAUUUAUUUACGAUGUUGAGUUUUGUUGGUGUUGGAGAAUAUCUGAUGUGAAAGUGGGUUUAAUACUUUUUUAAUGUUUAAUUGAUUUUCCUCCCUAAA